AUGCCCACACGAUUACUUGAUCUUGGCACAGGCGAUUCGACAACUUGGCGCAUAAUUGAGACUCAGCAAGAACGAUUUCCUUACGUUGCGCUCUCGCACCGAUGGACUGAGAACACCCCGACGCUCUUGCAAAAGAACUACGACGCGUACUGCGACUCUCAGCCAGAUAGCAUCUUGCCACAGAACUAUAGGGACAUGCUUGAUAUAUGUCGCGCGAUGCCAAUCCGAUAUAUAUGGAUUGACUCCCUUUGCAUUAUACAGGAUGACAAUGGUGCCGAUUUCCGCCAUGAAGCUCCCAUCAUGCUCGAUGUCUAUCGCUAUGCUUUCCUGACUUUGAUGAUACUGUGGGAGUUCUCAGACUCUACUGUCUUUCGUCACUGCCGGCCAAGUACUAUAGCCCGACCUCGGCCGCAAUCCUACAAGCGCUCUGCAUUAACAGAGACGGGCCAAGAUUCCUUGUUCACUUAUCUUAAGAACCUUGUUUAUCCAGGAGCACCUGUGGCAAGCCAAGAUUCAGUGUCCAAUGCCAAGAAAUACGCAUUUGUGAGAAUAGAAAACACUGGAAGCUACAAUUUCGAUGUGAAUAAUGCGCCCAUCAACAAAAGGGCAUGGGUUCUGCAAGAGAGAUGCCUGUCACGACGUAUUCUCUGCCUCGGAAACGAGGAGCUGUACUGGGAGUGUGACGGCGACUCUUCGGGCCCGCUCAUCGCAAACGAGACCUCCCCUUCUGGUGUUCCGCACAUCUCACGCCGCGAAGGCCUUGGUAGUCUUACAUGCAGUGAUAACGGCGAGUAUUGGAACUUACUUGUUGAGCAGUAUACCGCUUGCCAUCUGACAUUCGAGGAAGAUAGGCUUGUUGCCUUUUCUGGGAUUGCGAGGGCUGUAGCGAAGUCGACUGGUGAUACUUAUCUUGCUGGCAUAUGGCUUGAGACAUGGAUGCAAGACCUCCUCUGGGUGCCGGACAGAGUAAGGGAACAACCGGCUCGAGUGAAGCCUACCACAAUGGACACGCAGAGCAUGAGACUGCCUUCAUGGUCCUGGCUAAGCUUUUCUGGAUCAAUUAUCCCUGGCCUAUUGGUAGGCAAUGGCGAGGGCCCGAGAAUUUCCCUGACAGAACCGAAUUCCUUCAAAUCGGACAGAUUUGACUGCCUGGCUCUACUUAGCCAAACGACCGUUACACCACCAGAUACUGACCCUUAUGUUUCCUUUCAUCAGGCCAUUCUCCAGGUCAGAUGUCUCCUCAUUCCCGUGGAACUGACCGGAAUUACGGCUAUGCACAUGUUACCACCAUCCUUCAGGAUGACUCAGAACAUUGAGUUCAAUUCAGCAGGCCUAGAUUGCCUGAACCUGAUACCAUGCGGAGAGAAAGAAGAUGACCAUGCUGUAUUUAUCUUGUCAUUCAGCAAACCAUUGAACGAACAUUCUCGCUACUUCUUUAUCCCGCUAUUCCUACGUAAGGAUAAGUAUCAAGAAGCUAUUAAGUUCGGCCCUGACGACAAAGAGGGCCAUGGAAUCAUUGUAGAAGAGACAGUUACAGACGACGAACGCCACUUUAUCAGAGUUGGGAGGUGGCAAGAAGAUAUGACCUUGCCUUCUCAACUUGGCCCCUUGAUCAGCAACACCAUCGUACAACAAAGAAUCGGUGAAAUGGUUGAUAACAGCGCCAAGGAUAUCACCGCGCUGGAACGGAGCUUUGACACAAACAUGCACGAAUAUGCUGUACGGCAUGCUUCCUCGAUGAUCAACUUUCCCAGAAAUUCUACAAGUCAACUGGAACAAGACGGAGUGAAUGAUAAAGAGCAGAAUGGCACUGGCGCAAGUGAAGACGGGCAGUUCGAUGAGAACUUCGAAGGGAAGGUUCAAGAGGAGAAAGAACAGAUAAUGGUCGAUUCUGUUAAGUGUGCAGACUUACCUUACUUUUCGAAAGCCAAGUGGUCUUCUAUCUCUUUAGUAUAA